AUGACCAUCAAAUCACAUCCUGGAUCAUCAUCCAAGUCAUUAACUUCUUCAAUUCAAUCUCAAGACCUUCUUACAAAAUCUCUAGGAUCAAAUAAAACUAAAAGUCUUCUUCGUCAAGCUACUCGUCUUUUGAAAAAAGAUGGAUUAAGUGAAGAACUUAGAAAGUCAACCGAGCAACAAAUCGAAACACUAAAAGCUACUUUGGAAAACAAACCAAGUAAAGAGCAAGAAAAAUCUAAUGCGAUCAGAUACCAUCGAAUCAAAUUCUUUGACCGCAAAAAAGUUCAUCGUAAACUUGAUCAGGUGAUCCGUAAAUUGGACAAAAUGUCAGAUUCUUAUACAGAUGAUAAAAAGCUUGCUCGCACGCAUAAAAAAUUAACUCGUGAGGCUGAACGUCUACGAAUCGAUCUGAAUUACGUUAAUGCCUACCCUAAACAUUUGAAAUACGUAUCACUCUAUCCAAACGGUAAUUAUGCUGUUCAUGAAGAGUUACCUGCCGACUUACCCAAACUUAUUCCAUCAACUAAGAAGCCAGACGCGUUACGGAAUUAUGUCAGGGCUUAUAUGGCUGAUGCCAUGAAGAAAGGCACCUUAAGCUCGCAGCCAGAGCUGAAGAAACAACCUGAAUUGGAGGAAGAAGAACAAUUAUCUGAAGAUGAUGAAGAAGUGCGAAAUGCUAAACAAACUGAAGAACUUGCUGCCGAUGAUUUCUUUUCUACCUGA